GGAGCGCCCCCAACUUCCACGGGUGGACCCGGGAGGCAGCCCCGGCCGCAGCCGCACGUGCGGAGGCCCGAGGCCCGGUGUUUUCCCGGCACAGCGCGGAGGCAGCUGCGGCCCGAGAGACGAGGGAGGGGCGGAAACGAGGUCGGAAAGUCAUGUGGCCGGGGCAGCUCAUCUCAAUAAUUAGUGUGACACACAGAACCUGAUGCCACCUCUCCGGAUUGUCCCAAGCCGUUUACUUUCCCAGCUGUAUUGUGGAUUGAAGCCUCCAGCCUCUGUGCAAACCAAGAUUUGCCUAACAAUGGCUCGUCCAAGUUCAAGUAUGGCUGACUUCCGGAAGUGUUUUGCAAAAGCCAAGCACAUCGUCAUCAUUUCAGGGGCUGGCGUCAGUGCUGAGAGUGGGGUGCCGACUUUCAGAGGAGCGGGAGGUUACUGGAGAAAAUGGAAGGCUCAGGACCUGGCCACCCCUCAGGCCUUUGCCCGAAACCCAUCCCAGGUGUGGGAGUUCUACCACUACCGGCGGGAGGUGGUGCAGAGCAAGGAGCCCAACGCCGGGCACCUGGCCAUCGCUGAGUGUGAGGCCCGGCUGGGCAGGCAGGGCCGACGGGUCGCGGUCAUCACGCAGAACAUCGAUGAGCUGCACCACAAGGCUGGCACCAAGAACCUUCUGGAAAUCCAUGGUAGCUUAUUUAAAACUCGAUGUACCUCUUGUGGAGUUGUGGCUGAGAAUUACAAGAGUCCAAUUUGUCCAGCUUUAUCAGGAAAAGGGGCUCCAGAACCUGAAACUCAAGAUGCCAGAAUCCCAGUGGAGAAACUUCCCCGGUGUGAAGAGGCAGCAUGCGGGGGCCUGCUGCGACCUCACGUGGUGUGGUUUGGAGAAAACCUGGACCCUGCCAUCCUGGAGGAGGUUGACAGGGAGCUGGCCCUCUGUGACUUGUGUCUAGUGGUGGGAACUUCCUCAGUGGUCUACCCCGCCGCCAUGUUUGCCCCCCAGGUGUCUGCCCGGGGGGUACCGGUGGCUGAAUUUAACAUGGAAGUCACCCCAGCAGCGAACAGAUUCAGGUACCGGGACUACCAAGGUUUCAUUUCCAGGGGCCGUGUGGGACGAUGCUUCCUGAAGCCCUUGCGCCUCAUGAAACUGAAACUGUUUCUUAAUUGCCCUGAGGAAGGAAGAAAUCACAGCGCAUCUAAGUACCAGGCCACCAACAGGAGAAACAGUCUUGUGGAUGGUGAGCUGAAUACUGAAAGGUCUGAAUAUAUCUUCUGGAAUCCAAACUGCUGAUAAGUGAUGGGACUUAGAAGAAAUAGCAGUAAACGUGUUUAGAAGGAGAAGUCACAGAACUUCUCAAGUCAAUUCGCGUUAUUUGGUUUGAACCUAAACAUAAGAUACCUCUGAUGUGUUUGGUUGGUUACCGGGAAGGAAACAACUUUGUAAGUAGAUUGUCCAAAAAAAGUAAUUAUUUUUGCUAUUUGGGUAGAGGGGUAAAACCCUGGUAUUUCUGAUUUUUGUGCAAGGUUUGGUGGAAAAUAAAAUCCCUUUCUACAGCA